UCACGGCUUCCGCCGCGUACCGGAUGCGGAAGUGGUGCCGUGAGGGGAAGGGGGAGACAUGGCGGACCCGGUGGCUCUGGAGGAGCUCGCCAAGCUCGAGUACUUAUCGCUGGUCUCCAAGGUGUGCACCGAACUGGACAACCACCUUGGCAUCAACGACAAGGACCUGGCCGAGUUUGUGAUAAAUCUUGCUGAGAAAAACACUACAUUUGACACAUUUAAAGCUGUUCUUCUAAAGAAUGGUGCUGAGUUCACUGAUUCCCUUGUUAGCAAUUUGCUGCGUCUCAUACAGACAAUGCGGCCUCCAUCAAAAGCAUCUACAAGCAAAGAGGCAGUUGUCAAACCGAAAUCGGAGAAAGAAAAGUUGAAGGAAUUGUUUCCAGCCCUUUGCAGGCCAGACAAUCCCAACAUCAGGAAUAUGUUGGAUGAAGAUGAUGUGAAAGUGGCAGCUGAUGCACUGAAAGAGCUUGAAGCUCUAAUGCCUAGUGCCGACAGGCAAGGCAAGCAAAGGAACAGCGACCACCGGGCAAAGAAAAAGAGGAAGAGCCGAAGCCGCAGCAGGGACAGGAAGCGAAGGCACAGGUCUCGUUCUAGGUCUCGUUCUAGGACUCGGGACAAGAACAGGGGGAAAUCCAGAUACCGCUCAAGGAGCAGGAGUCAGAGUCCCAGCAGGGAACGUAAGGAUCGAGAGAAAUACAUCGAGAAGAGCAAUGAUAGAUGGAGAGACAAGCAUGUAGACCGUCCACCACCUGAAGAGCCUUCCAUUGGUGACAUUUACAAUGGCAAAGUGACAAGUAUAAUGCAAUUUGGAUGCUUUGUGCAGUUGGAAGGAUUAAGGAAGCGCUGGGAGGGCUUGGUCCACAUCUCUGAGCUUCGAAGAGAAGGACGGGUUGCCAAUGUUGCUGAUGUUGUGAGCAAAGGACAAAGAGUAAAGGUCAAAGUGUUAUCUUUUACUGGAUCCAAAACCAGCCUGAGCAUGAAGGAUGUUGAUCAAGACACUGGGGAAGACUUGAACCCAAACCGGAGGAGAAACCUGGUUGGAGAAACCAAUGAAGAAACCUCUAUGAGGAACCCAGACAGACCCAGUCACCUUUCUCUGGUAAAUGCUCCAGAGGUGGAGGAUGAUACCCUUGAAAGAAAACGCCUCACUCGAAUUUCAGACCCAGAGAAAUGGGAAAUAAAACAGAUGAUUGCAGCUAAUGUGCUUUCCAAAGAAGAGUUUCCUGACUUUGAUGAGGAGACUGGGAUUCUCCCUAAAGUUGAUGAUGAAGAAGAUGAGGACCUUGAGAUUGAGUUGGUUGAAGAAGAGCCACCAUUCCUUCGAGGUCAUACUAAACAAAGCAUGGAUAUGAGUCCCAUCAAAAUAGUAAAGAAUCCCGAUGGUUCCUUGUCCCAGGCUGCAAUGAUGCAGAGUGCGUUAGCUAAAGAAAGGCGGGAACUUAAACAAGCCCAAAGAGAAGCAGAGAUGGAUUCUAUCCCUAUGGGACUCAACACACACUGGGUGGAUCCUCUCCCUGAUGUGGAUGGAAGACAAAUAGCUGCAAACAUGCGAGGUAUUGGGAUGAUGCCCAAUGAUAUCCCAGAGUGGAAGAAACAUGCAUUUGGUGGUAACAAAGCUUCUUAUGGUAAAAAGACCCAACUUUCCAUCAUUGAGCAGAGGGAGAGUCUCCCAAUCUUCAGACUGAAGGAGCAGCUGAUACAAGCAGUGCAUGACAACCAGAUUCUGAUUGUUAUUGGAGAGACGGGAUCUGGAAAAACAACACAGAUUACCCAGUACUUGGCUGAGGCGGGAUAUACGUCGAGAGGAAAGAUUGGAUGCACUCAGCCUCGCAGAGUGGCUGCAAUGUCUGUUGCGAAACGAGUGUCAGAGGAAUUCGGCUGCUGUUUGGGACAAGAGGUUGGCUACACCAUUCGGUUUGAAGACUGUACUAGCCCAGAAACCGUCAUCAAAUACAUGACAGAUGGUAUGUUACUGAGGGAGUGCCUGAUAGAUCCUGAUCUGACCCAAUAUGCCAUUAUCAUGCUGGAUGAAGCCCAUGAGAGGACCAUUCAUACAGACGUUCUCUUUGGACUCCUGAAGAAGACAGUGCAGAAACGGCAGGAUAUGAAGUUGAUAGUGACAUCAGCAACAUUGGAUGCUGUGAAAUUCUCUCAGUAUUUCUAUGAAGCACCAAUCUUCACAAUUCCUGGCAGAACGUACCCAGUAGAAAUUCUGUACACAAAAGAGCCAGAGACAGAUUAUUUGGAUGCCAGUCUGAUUACAGUAAUGCAGAUCCACUUAACAGAGCCACCAGGUGACAUUUUGGUGUUUCUAACUGGUCAGGAAGAGAUUGACACCGCCUGUGAGAUCCUCUAUGAGAGGAUGAAAUCUCUAGGACCUGAUGUUCCAGAGUUAAUUAUCCUGCCGGUAUAUUCAGCUUUACCGAGUGAAAUGCAAACCAGGAUCUUUGACCCAGCGCCACCAGGAAGCAGAAAGGUUGUUAUUGCCACAAACAUUGCUGAGACCUCUCUGACUAUUGAUGGAAUAUAUUAUGUAGUUGAUCCUGGCUUUGUGAAGCAGAAAGUUUAUAACUCCAAGACUGGAAUUGACCAGCUGGUUGUUACACCAAUUUCACAGGCCCAAGCAAAGCAGCGGGCAGGAAGAGCUGGGAGAACAGGACCAGGAAAAUGCUACAGGCUUUAUACAGAGCGUGCUUAUCGAGAUGAAAUGCUAACCACCAAUGUGCCUGAAAUCCAGAGAACGAAUCUGGCCAGUACAGUGCUCUCCCUGAAGGCUAUGGGGAUCAAUGAUUUGCUUUCCUUUGACUUUAUGGAUGCUCCCCCAAUGGAAACUCUCAUAACUGCCAUGGAGCAGCUCUAUACCUUGGGAGCACUGGAUGAUGAAGGACUGCUCACUCGACUUGGGCGCAGGAUGGCAGAAUUCCCCUUGGAGCCCAUGUUGUGUAAGAUGUUGAUCAUGUCUGUACAUCUGGGAUGCAGCGAGGAAAUGUUGACAAUAGUCUCUAUGCUGUCUGUGCAGAAUGUGUUCUACAGGCCAAAGGACAAACAAGCGCUUGCUGAUCAAAAGAAAGCCAAGUUCCAUCAGACAGAAGGUGACCACCUCACUCUGCUGGCUGUGUACAAUUCCUGGAAGAAUAAUAAGUUUUCAAAUCCCUGGUGCUAUGAAAAUUUUAUUCAGGCUCGGUCCUUACGAAGGGCACAAGACAUCCGCAAGCAAAUGUUGGGCAUUAUGGACAGACACAAGCUGGAUGUGGUGUCCUGUGGGAAGGCAACAGUGCGAGUCCAGAAGGCCAUCUGUAGUGGCUUCUUCCGAAAUGCAGCAAAGAAGGAUCCCCAGGAGGGUUAUCGGACACUCAUUGAUCAACAAGUAGUCUAUAUCCACCCAUCCAGUGCUCUUUUCAACAGGCAGCCGGAAUGGGUGGUGUAUCAUGAACUGGUGCUGACCACCAAGGAAUAUAUGCGUGAAGUGACCACUAUUGAUCCCCGCUGGCUGGUGGAGUUUGCGCCAGCUUUCUUCAAGGUUUCUGACCCAACUAAGCUGAGCAAACAAAAGAAGCAGCAGCGGCUAGAACCCCUGUACAAUCGCUAUGAGGAGCCCAAUGCUUGGAGAAUCUCACGUGCAUUCAGACGCCGAUGAGCCUAGCUAGUUCCAAUGUGGGCUGUUGUUGGUUUUAUAUUCAUGGUACUGUGAUUUUUGCAUUGUUGCAUGUCCUUUCUUUUAGGACACUUGCAGUUGAAUGGUUACUUGCAAAAUGAAUAGAAAAUAAGUGUUUUCAGAGCAAAAGCACGAGGGGGCGUUGCUCGCUCAUGUCAGCUGCCCUUCAGAAUCUGCAGCUGCGUGACAAAUGUCCUGGGUCUCCUCAGUGUAUUGCAUUAUUUCAGAAAUAAUUCUCAAAACACUUUUUUUAGUCAUCUCCCUUUAAGAGAGAAAAUCUUACACACUGAGCACAACAGCAACAAAAAGACAGUGGUUAAAAAAUACUUGUUCACCAACCUAAUCAAGUUCCGAAUGACCAGACAAAUAGAUGCAGGAAUAUGUGUGUUUCUUUACCCUACUAAAAGAGAUUUAUUUCAACUUGUGCUCUUGGACAGUGACUGUUUUUACUCUCUUAGGCAUUUUUCUAUCCAUUGUAACUAUUUGUUUUUUAUGCAAGCCAUCUGUAGUGAGAUAUUUAGUAUUUGUGGCUAUGGGAUAAGGUAAAAAAAGAUCCCCUGAAACCCAACUAGAGCGUCUGUUAUACUUGAACAAUGGCACAGGUCAGACUGCAAGUCUUAUCCUUCGUCACCAUCUCCUGUGUGCUGAAGGCUAGUAUAUCAAAUGGUAAUUAACCACAUCCACUGUGUAGCACGGCUCUGUCUAUGAACCUAAGUGGUUACAGAUGUUUAGACUUUCUAUCCAAUGUGUCAUGUUUUAUUUCCACUGGCAGCAUUUGGUGACAUCACAAAUGUUGAGGGCUUUUUGUUUGUUUCUUUCUUUUAUAUAAAAUAUUCUCUUACAGCCUAAACUUCAGGAAAACACAGUGGAACAGUUCCAUAUUAAAAACAGAUUGACUACCCCGUGUGCAGUAUGUCAUGUUGAAGCUAUCUGUAAAUGUCUCCCUCCCCCCCUUUUUUUUGUUACAAAUAGAACCAAAACUUGUUAUUUGACUCCAUAGCUGGAGACACGCAAUUCUUAUUUUAUUUUUUUCCCCAAAGCUGGGAUAUUUGCUAGUUAUUGUUGAAAAGAGUAGAAUGAAGUUGGCUGGUUUAGUUUUGCAUUUGAUUGAUUCAAAGAAUGUUUCACACUGAAAAGUGGAUACAUUUGAACUCUGUAUCUGUGUACACAGGUGGGCAGGUAUAUUGUAUAUACUGUUUUAUUAUGUUGUAUAAAUACCUGAGGCUCUCUGGUAGCAUUACAUCUUUAUAAAGUUGAAUAAAAUUAGAAAUUUUAUAAGUUCA